UCAAACAACCGAAUAUUUUUCCCGGAAAAAGGAACAAAAAAGCUGCGGAGCGGCUUCGUUUCUCCUCUGAUCUCUCACUCAACUCUCUCUUAUCCGUUUAAUUUCAUUAAAUUCAAAUCCGAAGAACGAAACAAAAAAAAACAAAUAGUAAUGGGGUCGGGUGAAUCGAAGAACACUGAAGAAGAGGACGAUGGUUCCAAUGGCGGAGGAGGAGGAGGUCAGCUCUACGUUUCACUGAAAAUGGAGAACUCUAAGGUUCAAGGCGAGCUCACUCCUCAUAUCUACGGCUCUGUUCCUAUGAUCGGCUCUUGGGAUCCUUCUAAAGCUCUUCCACUGCUACGUGAGUCCGCGUCGAUCUCGGAGCUGAGCUUCGUUGUUCCUCCUGAUCACGAGACUUUGGAUUUCAAGUUUUUGUUGAAGCCAAAGCACAGAGACACGCCUUGCGUAGUGGAGGAAGGUGAAAACAGGCUUCUUACGGGUGGUUCGUUGCAAGGAGAUGCUAGGGCAGCUCUUUUCAGGCUGGAAGGUGAUGUGAUUCUUGAAUCCCGAGUGUUCAUCAAUGCUGAUAGAGUUUCACCGUUUGAUCUUGCUGCUAGCUGGAGAGCUUAUAGGGAGAAUUUUCAGCCUUCUACAGUUCGUGGAAUCCCUGAUGUCAGUAUCAAUCCUGAUUCAGCAGCUCUCGAGAAUUGUCCUUUAGAAAGUUUGGAACUUGAUCUUGAGCAUUAUGAAGUACCUGCUCCUGCACCUUCUGCACACUCUUCUCUUGUUUAUGCGGCUGACAAUGCAGAGAAUCCACGAUCUCUUUCAGCUUCUGGUUCAUUUGUUAAUGACAGUACCCCAAAGGCAGCAUCUAACAGUCCUAAAGAUUCUGGUGUUAACGCUGAUGGAUCUCCAUCUGCAAAGAAAAUGGAGGUCAUUGUUCCCGAUUCCUCGGCUACUUAUUCAGCUUCAGGAGUACUAUCACCUUGUCAGCAGAAAGAUGGUCAAAGGGGACUCUUUGUAGAUCGCGGUGUUGGCUCCCCUAGGCUGGCCAAGUCUGUUAGCGCAAGCUCUUUUUUGGUUGAUCUCAAACUUGAUGCGCAAACCAAGAAUUCAAUGCCAGCCGCUGCAGGAGCUGUUGCUGCAGGAGCGGUUGCUGAUCAAAUGCUUGGACCCAAAGAAGAUAGACACCUAGCAAUCGUUCUGGUAGGCUUGCCAGCUCGAGGAAAGACUUUUACUGCAGCAAAGUUGACAAGAUAUCUACGCUGGUUGGGGCACGAUACUAAGCAUUUUAAUGUUGGGAAGUACCGACGGCUAAAACAUGGAGUUAACGUGGCUGCUGAUUUCUUUCGAGCGGACAAUCCAGAAGGUGUAGAGGCACGAACAGAGGUAGCAGCACUUGCAAUGGAGGACAUGAUCGGUUGGAUGCAGGAUGGUGGUCAAAUCGGAAUCUUUGAUGCAACUAAUAGCACACGAGUUCGCCGGAAUAUGCUGAUGAAAAUGGCUGAAGGAAAGUGUAAGAUUAUUUUUCUGGAAACACUAUGCAAUGAUGAACGCAUUAUUGAAAGAAACAUACGUCUUAAAAUCCAGCAAAGUCCUGAUUAUGCAGAAGGGACGGAUUUUGAAGCUGGAGUGAGAGACUUUAGAGACCGUUUGGCCAAUUAUGAGAAGGUUUAUGAGCCUGUUGAAGAAGGUUCUUACAUCAAAAUGAUUGAUAUGGUCAGCGGUAAUGGUGGACAGAUACAAGUGAACAAUAUAAGUGGUUACCUUCCUGGAAGAAUUGUAUUUUUCUUGGUGAAUACGCAUCUUACUCCACGACCAAUACUACUCACUCGGCAUGGAGAAAGUAUGGAUAAUGUUAGAGGCCGAACUGGGGGAGAUAGUGUUAUAAGUGAAUCUGGAAAAAUUUAUGCAAAGAAACUCGCUAACUUUGUCGAAAAGCGACUAAAAAAUGAAAAGGCUGCUUCGAUUUGGACCAGUACACUUCAGAGAACAAUCUUAACAGCAGGUUCCAUAGUCGGAUUUCCUAAGGUACAAUGGCGUGCCCUGGACGAGAUCAAUUCUGGAGUUUGCGAUGGAAUGACAUAUGAAGAGAUAAAGAAGAUAAUGCCAGAAGAGUUCGAAUCUCGGAGAAAGGACAAAUUACGAUACCGAUACCCUCGUGGAGAGUCAUACCUUGAUGUAAUUCAACGGCUUGAACCUGUGAUCAUCGAGUUAGAACGACAAAGAGCGCCUGUCGUCGUGAUAGCUCACCAGGCCGUUCUGAGGGCCUUAUAUGCAUAUUUUGCGGACCGUCCCCUCAAAGAAAUACCCCAGAUCGAGAUGCCACUUCACACUAUCAUAGAGAUACAAAUGGGAGUUUCUGGUGUUCAAGAGAAACGCUACAAGCUCAUGGACUGAAAGUAACAACCACAAUUACAUCGGAUCUCAACUACAACUCUCGUCCCAAAGAUUUUAAUGUUUUACUCACUCUGUGAAUUAGAAGAUUUGCAGACAUCAUCACUGGGCUGCAUGUUGGCCUCCCAGUUCUUAAUUUUAUCCAUCAGAUAUUUUUUACCAAGUGAUUUUCCGGCGCUACGCGCCGGAUUCAUAUGUUAUAUUUUACAUAAAUUUAUAAAUUA